AUGUCGGCAGCAAUUCCUGAGUUCGACGAGGUGUGGCGUUGGGACGGAUGGACAACUCUUGAUGAGCAUACCAAUGAUGGUGCGGUCGACUUGGACGGCAAUGUCGUGCUCGUGGGGUCACAAGGCUACGCGGCAGCAGAAUACACAAUCGAUGACACUUUCGUAGAUGCCUAUUCCGGAGAUUUCGCCGCCGUCAAGUUGGAGGGCGCGUCAGGCGAAGUGCUGUGGACUUGGACAGCUUCCUCUUUGGGGAGCGAAGCGGAUACGUUUCUCGCAGUGGACACCGACAGCAACAACGAUAUCGUCAUGGGAGGUCGGACGGAAGGGUACUGGUCAUCGUCCAACCCCGACACGACCCCACAUAUAGCGGUCGUGAAGCUUGAUGGGGGUACGGGGGAUGAGAUAUGGAGGUACCAAGAACACCCUCCGGACUCAUACACGUCUUGGGGGAAUUCCGUUUACCACGGUUUGGGCAGCGUUAGCGGUGUGGCUGUCGACGGCGAUGAUAAUUGCCUUUUGGUGGGCCAAACCUAUGGCAGCCUGGUCUAUGGUGAGGGUGACCCUGGAGAUUCUGAUUUCUUCGUCAUCAAGCUAGACGGGACGGACGGCAGCGAGAUCUGGACGGUGCAAGGCGGAGAGUCGGCGAGCUUUGAUUCAUUGCACCACGUAAAGGUGGACUCGGGCGGAGAUCUGAUCGCCGUCGGCAUAGGUGGAGACGAAGACGCAGUGAACGUUGUCGUGGUGAAGUUCAGCGGCACCGACGGCGCCGUUCUCUGGGAAUAUUCGCCUGUCACGUCGUCCACUCAUGAUGUUCCCGCGUCGGUCGACGUUGACACCCAGGACGAUGUGUAUAUUGCUGGCGGCUACGAUGCCCUGAAUCUGCAGGGCACUCUAGCAGAAACUCCGGUGGUGCUGAAGCUAGACGGGGCGACAGGCGAUGUCGUGUGGACCUACGAGGGCGUAACCACAUCGAGCGCUGGGCUCAUUUGUGUUGCCGUGGAUCUUACAACGGGGUGGGUUGUGGGUGCUGGCUGGACGGAAGGGACCUGGUUGACGGGGGCAGCUCAAGGCGGCUAUGACUUCGCGGCGGUGGUGCUAGAUGGGGUCACUGGAGAUGAACUAGGGCGCUACCAGGAUGGCACCACUGAUGACGAAUAUCUUUCGUUCGUUGGAUUUGAUUCCGUUGGGGGCUUAAUCUUGGGGGGAUCCUGGACGGACACCGGCGGAGAUGAGUUCGUGGCGAUCAAGUUCGCCCCCUGGAACUCGAGUUACCCCACAACGGGGACGGAAGCACUUGCCCAGUGGGAGAUCGGGGCCAUCGCAGGCGCGGGGGCUUUGUUCCUUUUACUCCUGGGACUAUGCAUUUUCUGCUUCCGACGCAAGAGCUCUCAAGGUCAGCAAGAUGCAGCCAAAGGUUCAUCGCAAAUUUUUCCAGUGGAGAAUUUCGUCGGUCCGAGUGUGCAAGGCGAAGUUCUUCAACCUCGACCGUUGGUCAUAGUGAGCGGAAUGGGAGAAUUUGCACCUCCUGCGCCUCCUGCACCUCCUGCUCCAAAGACACCCCUGCCCCCACCUGCAGAACCCCCUCUCUCGCCACCACCGGACAACAACCCACCACCCCUUCCACCGCCCGAAGUUGCUGCCACUGAGGAGCGUCCACCACCGCCAUCCUACGAGGAGAUGAAUGCCCCGGAGCCUGCCGCAGCCCCGGCUGAAGCACCAUGGGAACGGCUAGCCAAGCGAGUGGACCGCGUCCCCAGCAAGAAAGCGUUCGAACAAAACUACCGAGACAUAUCGGUCAGCCGCUACGCACCGUACGCACCGUCUACAACCGAUCAUUAG